AUGGCAGCAAACAUGGAUCCCAUUAACAGUGCCCUCGAUAUCACUGAGAUCAGUCAUGAAACCAAGAGGGAAAUGAGCACUUUUGACGUCGACGAAGACGAUGCCAUCCGCAAGGUUGAGGAAGCCAUAACCGUCGACCCUAAUGCUCAACAGGGUAUCAGGAAUGUCGAAGCUGUUACUUUGACCUGGACGAAAACUUCGCUAGCAUGUGCCUUUGCAUGCAUGUGGAUGCUCUAUCUCACGAAUGCCUUCCAGUCGUCCAUCACCAGCAACCUCACACCAUACGUCACCAGCGAAUUCGAGGAACACUCGCUUCUCACAGUCAUCAACAUUGUCGCGAACUCAAUGGCCGCAGCUGUCUACAUUCCAACUGCCAAGUUGCUCGAUCUCUGGGGCCGCGCUGAAGGUUUCUGUAUCAUGGUCUGUUUCGCUACGCUCGGACUCAUCUUGAUGGCCGUCUGUAAGAGCCUUUACACCUUCUGUGCUGCUCAAGUAUUCUACACCAUCGGUUUUGGUGGUAUGAUCUACUGUGUGGAUGUCAUCACCGCAGACGCCUCGAGUCUGAAACACCGAGGACUGGCCUUUGCUUUCACAUCCUCGCCAUACAUCAUCACUGCCUUUGCGGGACCCAAAUCUGCGGAAGGGUUCUACAACAACGUCAAGAACUGGCGUUGGGGCUUCGGUGCUUUUGCCAUCAUCGUGCCGUUUGUAGCGGCGCCUCUGUUCAUCAUCUUGAAGUUGAACUUGAGGAAGGCAAAGCGUGAAGGUGUGCUUGCACGCGAGAAGAGCGGCCGAAACCUCUUCCAGAGUAUCGUCUUCUACAUUCGAGAGUUCGAUGCACCUGGAUCAUUCCUCCUCGCCUGUGGUCUCAUCAUCUUCCUCCUUCCCUUCACGCUUGCGGAUUCCGCUCCGAAUGGAUGGAGUACCGGUUAUAUCAUCGCGAUGUUAAUAGUUGGAUUUGUCCUUCUAGUCCUGUUUGGUCUUCACGAACGCUUCACAGCCCAGGUCCCUUUCCUGCCGUUCAGCCUUCUAUUGAAUCGAUCAGUCGUCGGCGCCUGUCUGCUGUCCUUCACCUACCAGAUCUCGUACUACGCCUGGAACAGCUACUUCACCUCAUUCUUGCAGGUUGUAAGCAACCUCACUAUCGCCGAAGCCGGAUAUGUCUCAUCAACAUUCGACGUUCUCUCUGGUUUCCUGCUUCUCAUCUGUGGUUUCAUCAUCAGCAAGACAGGUCGUUUCAGAUGGUUGCUGUUCAUUGCCAUUCCUUUCUACCUCCUUGGGCAAGGUCUGAUGAUUCAUUUCCGUCAACCAAACACUAGCGUUGGCUACCUCAUCAUGUGUCAAGUUUUCAUCGCUAUCGGAGGCAGUAUUAUCAUCCUUUGCGAACAGCUUGCUGUUAUGGCUGCUGCUGAUCACCAGCACAUUGCCCCAGUACUGGCUCUGCUCAACAUUUUUGGUUGGCUUGGCGGUGCCGUCGGCAACACAAUUUCAGGUGCUAUCUGGACCAAUUCCUUCCCGCAGGCUUUGGCAAGGAUGUUGCCUGAAGAGGAGCUCGAGAACAUUGACUCGAUCUACGGCGAUCUUACCGUUCAGCUGAGCUACGAGAGGGGGUCACCUACACGAAUGGCGAUUGAGCAGGCGUACGGUAUCGCGCAGAAGAGGAUGCUCGUCGCAGGCACAUGCAUCAUGUGCUUGACUCUUAUCUGGAUUGUGUUGAUCAAGAACCACAACGUCGCAAAGAUGCAGCAGACCAAGGGUCGUGUUUUCUAG